ACGGCGUGGAGGUGUGUUCGCAGCUGGCUUUUCCGUCCCAUGGGAGCCCUGGUAUAUGCAAAACUAGGACUGCAGCUGCUGACUGAGAGUGGUGCUAUAGAGGAAGUCAGAGGCAGCGUGGUUGACGUUUACUGGCAAGAGGGGGAAGAACCAGAACCGGCAGAGCUACUGUACUUUGGUAAACAGUCCGUCCUCGAGAAAAAGCGAUCUCGACUAGCCGAAAAAGCCGCACAUCGGAGUUGUGACAGCACAGCAGUCGUGCGUCAGCAAAGGACAUGUACGAGUUGUGCGGAGAAAGAGAAUACUAUUCAAGAACUGCAGAAGGAAAUUGCUGGGUUGAAGCACACACCUGAACGCAACUGAAAGCACACCUGGUGUGCUUUGUUUUUGUUGUUUCUCCCAUGUCUCUAGGGGCUGGUGGUAUAUGCUUUUACGUUUUGUUUGCAGAUGCAGCAACAAUGGUUAAAAGGCUACGAAAAACACUACUCGAGCUGCAGUCCAGGAGCUCGAGCUGCAGGUGGGGGAGGAGGGAGCGGCAUCAUUCCGUGUGGCAAGGGUCCCCAACAACACAGAGACGUCCUGCGACCAUCCCCAGGAUGUCAACCCCGGACGACGAUGGCAUCCUCAGGAAGUUAUCAACUGGUCCUUCCAGUGUUACCUCCGUGUUAAAGUGGGACUCCCGGUCAUAUCACCUGCACAUCCUCAGGGUGUCAACCUGGAACACUCGCAGGACCUUGUGAGGAUGACUUCACCUGCAACCACCUGUACCUCAUUUUUCUGCGUAUAAUUUAUACGAAACCAGACGCAGUCCUUCUCUUUUUCCAUACAUCUUGAUUAACUUCCGCGAUACAAUCUCACUGUUUGUUUCUAGCACAAUUCAUAACGGACAACGAGCGCAGCGGUUUAAAGUGAAAGCAGAGAGAAAUAUAAAAGACAAAAAAAAUCUUUUCAGGGGCACGAAGUCCGAAAAGCCCACUCCGAAAGAUACUAGAAUUCUCUUCCGAAGCUAAAACAGACACUGUUUAUUGCUGGUAACGCGUACGUUCGAGAGUCCUGCUCGCCUGUGACACAAAACGAAGGAUUCAUCCGUAAUGGUCAAGAGACUGGUCAAGAGAAAAUAACUGCAAGACUCGAAAGGUCACAAGAAGUGGGGGCAGAAACGGUGAAUAUUGGAGAUGGUGUCGUCAUUGACAAGGCAGUCCUCGAUCGCCUUCACUCACACUGCCGGGGGGCACCUGCAAAGUUCGCCAGGCAUUUGCUUCGGAACGUUUUUACCCCUGAUGAGCUUCGGGGCAAGUCCUUAUUUGGGAAGGGCACCAAUGCGAGGAAAGAUCUACCAGUGAAGGAGCCAUUAGAUCCUGUCCGUGUCAAUGCAGUCAAGCUACACGUGUGGAAAGUUCGACACCACGGUCGUCCAGAUUAAAAAUAGCCUUUCGUCUAUGCUAUCACGAGAAAUAAAUUGAAUUGUGUGUA